CUCUCAGUUGACCCGGGGAGCUGCACUGUGCUCGCGGCAGAUCGGCCUGACAGACUUGCAAGGGCUGGGGCGGACGUGCGGGCUGGCUGGGAGCAGACACACACCCGGCAGCCACCAGGUCCCAGACAGGAUUGCAUCCAGAGGCCAGCAGCAGACCCUGCUCGGCGCAAUCUCCUGCGCCCCGCCGCCCUGCUCCGGUGCAGGCGUCCUGCGGCCGCCGCCUCCAAAGUGAUCGCUACCUGGCCGUCUUCGCCAGGCUCGGGACCAUGAAGCCGCUGCCGUCGGUGGUGCUGAAGGUCUUUCUGGCAGCAGUGUUGUCUGCGCUGGUGACGGGUGAGAGUCUGGAGCGGCUCCGGAGAGGUCUGGCAGCUGCAACCAGCAACCCCGAUUCUCCAGCUGAAUCCACAGACCAGCUACUACCCGUGGGAGGUGGUGGUGCUCGGGAAGUCCAGGACUUGGAAGAGGCAGAUGUGGACCUUUUUAGAGCUGGUUUCUCCACCAAGCCGCAAGCACUAGCCACACCAACCAAAGAAAAGUAUGGGAAAAAAAAGAAGAAAGGCAAAGGAUUAGGAAAGAAGAGAGACCCAUGUCUUCGGAAAUAUAAGGACUUCUGCAUCCAUGGAGAAUGCAAAUAUCUGAAGGCUCUCCGUACUCCGUCAUGCAACUGCCAUCCAGGUUAUCAUGGAGAGAGGUGUCAUGGGCUGACUCUCCCGGUGGAGAACCGUUUAUAUACAUAUGACCACACUACUAUCCUAGCUGUGGUGGCUGUGGUGCUGUCAUCUGUCUGUCUGCUCGUCAUAGUGGGGCUUCUCAUGUUUAGGUACCAUAGGCGAGGAGGUUAUGAUGUGGAAAAUGAAGAGAAAGUGAAGUUGGGUAUGACUAAUUCCCAUUGAGAAGGACCUAUGCUCAAGGAAGCUGCGGAGGAUGGUUGGUUACCUCUAAAAAGAUACCAGUUGAUUACAAGUUCUGCAGAGAGGAAAGACUUUACAACCAGCCAUGAAGACUUCUUCAUUCCCAGUUGCAACUUUGCCUGGGCCUCCUGUAAUUGCUCUGCAAAAAUAUCAGAGCUUUCAAGUGCCAAACAAACUAUAUCCAUUGGGAUCUGGAUCAGAAGAAAGCAGAAGCUGGAGACCUUCAGGCCCUUCUGAUUCCCUUCUACCAGACCCACCAGUUUGUUUAAAGUGUUUGUUUAAACACUUAUCUUCUGGAUUAAAGUGCCAGCUAGAUUCCAUAUGCUCCAGAAUCUUUGAAAAAAAGGAGGAGAAGAAGAAAGAAAGAUUUAUGGACUGGAAGAAAGCAACAGAGUUGAGAAGCCAUGUGUUCAAGUAGCCACAAAGGAUCUGCUGUUUGGACCCUCCAGCGCUGGAUUUGAUGAGCUAACUGUGAAAUACUGUAAGCCCAAGAACUCUGAAUUUUGGGACUUCUACCCAGAGGAAAAAAUAACAACUAUUUUUUGUUGUUGUUGUUAUUUGUUUGUAAGAUGCCUUUUAAAUUAUAUAUUUAUUUUAUUCUAUGUAUGUUAAUUUAUUUAGUUUUUAACACUCUAACAAUAAUUAUUCAAGUGCCUAGACUGUUACUUUGGCAAUGUCCUGGCCCUCCUCUUUGCAUCCCCAGCAUCUGGCUCAAUGACACACUCCCAUGUCACAAACCUGAGAUGGCUCUUUCACCCAUCUGUAGUAAUUUAUUGUCUGUGUACAUUUCAGAAGAUGUCCCAGAAGUAGAGUACCCCAGAGGGGUUGGGAUGCAGGGGUUAGUUUGGUCAAAGCCACUCUAUGAGUUGGACUGCAGUCUUGCCUAGGCAAUUUUUGUCUACUGUUCAUGUUUUGAAAGCCCAAGGUGCUUUCAAAAGUGUCAAAGUGUAACAGAUAUCAGUGUUUGCCUGUGUCCUCUCCCAGCUAAAUCUCAGAAGAGGUUGGGUAUCCAUACCUGUAGUUUCCUGGCCUUUUCCCCCACGGCCUUGUCCCACAGAGUGGGAACCCAGUCUCCCUUGUGUCAAGACAUUUCUCUUACUCCUACCAUUCUUCUGGUGCUACUCCAUGCAGGGGUCAGUAGAACAGAGGACAGUCUAGAGAAGGA